CACCUGCUCUCCCUGGCUGGGCACCUGCCAUGCCACCGGAAGGACCUUUUGCGGUCACGCCCUCUGCCUUGCCGUCAUUUCCCUUUUCAAUUCUCCCAAUUUUACACUCUGCCCCCAUGCCCAGUCAAAUCUAAUCCCACCCAAGUCCUAGCCCAGGCGCAGGCAGCCAUGCCGACGCCGGUGCCCGCCGCGCGCCAGUGCCUCUCCCCCGCCGCCGUAGCCGCCCUCGACGCCGCCGUCGCCUCCGCGCGCCGCCGCGCCCACGCCCAGACCACAUCCCUCCACCUCAUCUCCUCCCUCCUCGCGCCCACCGCCGCCCCGCUGCUCCGAGACGCCCUCGCCCGCGCUCGCAGCGCCGCCUACUCCCCGCGCCUCCAGCUCAAGGCGCUCGAGCUCUGCUUCGCCGUCUCCCUCGACCGCCUCCCCUCUUCUUCUUCUUCGGCAUCUUCUUCCCAAAAGGAAAAAGAAAAGGAAAAUGAAUACUCCGAGCCCCCUGUGGCCAACUCCCUCAUGGCCGCCAUCAAGCGCUCCCAGGCCAACCAGCGCCGCAACCCCGACACCUUCCACUUCUACCACCAGCCCACCUCAGCCACCUCCCCCAACGCCGUCAAGGUCGACCUCUCCCACCUCGUCCUCGCCAUCCUCGACGACCCCCUCGUCAGCCGCGUCUUCGCCGACGCCGGAUUCCGCAGCGGAGACAUCAAGCUCGCCAUCCUCCGCCCCGCGCCGCCCAUGCCGCUCCUCGGCCGACUCCCCACGCGCGCCCGCCCGCCGCCGCUCUUCCUCUGCAGCUUCGCCGCAGCCGACGACGCCCAGGUCCCCUCGCCCGCCGCUGCCGUCGCAGGCGCAGCCCCGGGGGAGGACAACCGCCGCCGCAUCACCGAGAUCCUCUCCCGCGGACGCAACCCCAUGCUCGUCGGCGUGGGGGCCGCGUCCGCAGCAGCUGACUUCGCCACCGCGUCGCCCUACCGCAUCCUCCCCGUCGGCCCCACCCCCAUCAAUAAUCCCAAUCCCAAUUCCAAUUCCGGCCUCAUCUUGAGCAUCGGCGACCUCAAGGACCUUGUCGCCGACGACGACCCCGACCUGCAGGAGAGGGGACGCCGGGUCGUGUCCGAGGUCACGCGCCUGCUGGAGACGCACAGAGCAGGCCACACGGUCUGGGUCAUGGGCUGGUCGGCCACCUACGAGACAUACCUCGCCUUCCUCUCCAAGUUCCCGCUCGUCGACAAGGACUGGGAGCUCCAGCUCCUGCCAAUCACCGCCGUGCGCGACGCAGGCACUGCAGCCGCCGGAGUCAUGCCUCCCGCCACCACUGCCACUGCCUUGUCCAAGCCCGCAAGUACAAGCUUGAUGGAGUCAUUUGUUCCUUUUGGAGGUUUUAUGUGCGAUACCUAUGACGCAAAUAGUCUCAUGCCAUCAGGCCCUCGGUGCCAACAGUGCAAUGAUAGAUAUGAGCAGGAAGUUGCAACUAUCAUUAGAGGGAGUGGCAUUACAGCUGAAGCUCACCAGGAAGGUCUACCAUCUCUGCUGCAGAAUGGCAGCAUGAUGGAUCCUAACAGUGGGUUUGAUGCAGUCAAGGUUAGAGAUGAUCAGAUGGUAUUGAAUACAAAAAUACUGAAUCUACAGAAGAAGUGGAACGAGUACUGCCUGCGGCUCCACCAAGGUUGCCAGAGGAUCAACAGAGAUCCUCACCAGUUAUUUCCACAUUACAUUGGUGUUCCAGCUGACAGGGAAACAGGACCAAAUCCAAGCCAAGGUUCAGAGGCAGUUGCACUUCAAAGGGAGGUUAUCAAACCUUCUGCGGUGUCUGCUUCACAUACCAACACAACUGCAAAGAGUAUUUCAUCGCCAUCUAUUUCCAAUCAAAGGAAUGCAGACCUUGUGUUGAACCUUCAAGUCAGGCAAUCAAAGAGUGAUGAACCCCUUCAUGAUAGGGGUGUGCAAUCCCAACAUAGCAAUUCAUCCAAUUGUGACAACCGUGAAGAUCAUGUGUCACCAUCAUCUGCUGCAGCUGUGGCAACUGACUUGGUUUUGGGCACCCCUCGCGGAUCUUCUUCCAAGGAUUCAAGUAAUGCCCUCUGUAAACAUGUAGAGGAUGCUGAGGGGUCGAUCCAGCCGAUGCCCAAGAAGGUUGAUGAUUUGAAUCUGAAGCCUCCCCAGUUCUCUGUACAGCCUUACUAUUGCUCCAGGAGUUCCUCAAACUGGGGUCAAAGUCAAACAUCACCUAGUGCUCUGCAUUCAGCAGCUCCAGGAGGCAUUUCUGCCUUUGGCCAAUGGCAGAGGCCUUCACCCCUUGCAGCACAAAGUUUUGAUUACAAGCUACUCAUGGAACGCCUGUUUAAGGCAGUUGGGAGGCAGGAGGAAGCCUUGAGUGCUAUUUGUGCAUCCAUCGUGCGGUGCCGGUCAAUGGAGAGGCGCCGUGGUGCACACAGGAAGAAUGACAUAUGGUUUAGUUUCCAUGGCCCCGACAGCAUUGCCAAGCGGAGAGUUGGUGUGGCACUUGCAGAGCUGAUGCACGGUAGCUCAGAUAACCUGAUAUAUUUGGACUUUAGCGUCCAGGACUGGGGCAACUCCAAUUUCAGAGGAAAGCGUGCCACAGACUGUAUUUUUGAGGAGUUGAGAAAGAAGCGGCGAUCAGUUAUAUUCCUUGAGAAUAUCGACAAAGCUGACUUCCUUGUUCAGGAGAGUCUGACUCAGGCCUUUGAGACUGGCAGGUACAAAGACUUGCAUGGGGGGAGGGUGGCUGAUCUCAAUGACUCGAUUGUGGUGUUGUCUACAAGAAUGAUCCGAGGAUGUCAAGAAGCCUCUGUUGGGAUGGGAGAGGGCCAUGCUUUGUCGGAAGAAAAAGUUCUGGCAGCUCGUGGACAUCACCUGAAGAUCAUAGUUGAGCCAGGCACAGCAAACAUCGGUGGAGGCCCUGGAGGUAAAGUGGUAGUUUCCUCCAGGCAUUCCUUGAGCGACAUUCAAGCAUCUUUGUACUCCAGUUCCUUCAGUAAGAGGAAGCUUAACAUAUCUGAUGGUGGAGAAAAGGUAGAAGAACCAUCGAGCACUUCAAAGCGUCUGCAUAGAACAUCAAGCGUUCCAUUUGACUUGAACCUUCCUGUCGACGAGGCUGAAACCCAUGAUGGCGGCGACGACAGCAGCAGCAGCCACGAGAACUCGUCUGGUGAUCCAGAUGGAUCUGUUGACAACCUGUUGCGUUCAGUCGACGAGUCAAUCAAUUUCAAGCCGGUUGAUUUUGGCAAACUCUGCGAGGAAUUGCUGCAGGAGUUUACCAACCGCACGAGCAAUGUUGUGGGCUCUGGGUGCAGGUUGGAGAUAGAUGUUGGGGCUAUGGUGCAAAUAGUGGGAGCAGCAUGUGCAUCAGAUUCAGGGAAGAGGCCCGUGCGGACAUGGGUGGAGCAGGUGUUUGUGAGGAGCCUUGAGCAGCUGAAGGUCAAGUGUAAGAACGUGAGCGCGUGUACUCUGAGGCUGGUAGCGUGCGAGGAUGAGCUUCUGAAAGAUGAAGGUUUUGGAGGUCUGCUUCCCUCAAGAAUUUUCCUGGAUUGAUGAUUAUGAUGACGUGUAAGUAUUGGUAGCUGUAAGUAUAUAUUGGUUAGCCACCGUCACAGUAUAUACUUAUUACUAGUAGUAUAGUGGCGGUAUUGAUAGUAUAUAGCAUCAUAUUAUCAUUAUUUGGUGGCCGCUGAUGGAAUAAGCAGCAAAGCAGUCUAGUUGAUGUCCAUGUCUUGGGGUUGCUGUAAUCUAAUCUGGUCGAAUCAGCAGUUGAUCGAGCACAGAUAGGCUGCUGUAAAAAUGUUGCUGUACUGCUGUGCCACUGCCUAGUCAACAACUCUAUAUGAAUCAAUCAGGCGGCAUGUAAUAUUAUUAUUAUUUGUGUCA